ACAUGAAUGAAUAUACCAUCACGAACUGAUCAUAGUCAAGUGAAAGCUGUUAUACUUGAUAUCAUAGGUAUAGCUUCGGUCGAGUUAAUUUAAACGAAGCGAGAUAUUUACAAAACCAUUUGAUUUGAAAACCAUUUUUACAGUUUUUCGUUGUCAUACGAAACAAAUUGUAAUUGAAAAUGGCAUCGAAUAGCUUAUCACACUCCUCUAUUCAGUACCACGAAUUCCACCGGAAGUUUGAUUUGAAUCCUUACCAGAGUUUCAUGGAAAAACAUCUUCAACAUUACGGAUAUUUCUCGUCGAAAAACGAAGCCGAACGAAGCUUCUCGCGAGAAACAGAAUCAAAACGAAACGAAAUGGGAAACGUAGAUGAAAACGAAGACGAUGCGAAGUCGAACCAGGUUCAGAUGUUGUUGAAAGAUGGAAAACAAGUAAGCAAGCUGAGAGAACCGAGAAACCUCUUCGCAUUGAUGGUGGGUCCAAACAUCGGGGCAAAGUACCCGUUUGACAUGCAGGUGCUUCCACAACCAAUCGAGCAUAUACACUGGGUUCCUGAAAAACCAGAGCCUCUUUAUAAGUUUACCGGAACUGAACCAGCGCCCAUGGUUAAGGGUGUAGAUCGAGGGGGAACGUUAGUCUAUCAAUACAUUGCCACACAUACCGACUACUUUGUACGGUCCGCCGUCCGUGGAAACUGCCAAUUGCGACCGGUUAAUUUUUCGGAUUCCAAUUUAGAUAACUUAAAGUUCGAAUCCCGAUUCGAAUCUGCCAACUUAGAAGAAGCUUUAAAACUAGGACCCCACGAAUACGAGUUAAGUCUUCGCUACGAUUUGUAUACUGAAAAACACACGCAGUGGUUCUAUUUUCAAGUCUCAAACGCAAAGCCUGGAGUUAAGUAUCAGUUCACAAUUGUAAACCUAAUGAAAAGCAACAGCUUAUACAACUCUGGAAUGAAACCGUGCUUCUAUUCGGAAAUAGACUCAAAAACCAAAAAAAUAGGCUGGCGCAGGGAGGGAUUCGAUAUCAAGUACUUUAAAAACAACACACAGCGACCGGACAGUCAUCGCCCCUUUUACUCUCUGACCUUCUCGUUUGAGUUCUUAAAUGGCCCUGAAGAUAAAUGCUACUUUGCUCACUGUUAUCCUUAUACUUACACCAUGCUGCAGAAUUAUCUGCAAGACAUAGCAGACCAUCCAGCUAAAUCCAAGAUUUGCAAACAGAGAAUUCUCUGCAAAAGUCUAGGUGGUAACAUUGCAUACGUUCUUACAAUCACAAACCCUGCAAGAGGUCAGCCAGGUCAAGUAUCGAGGUCAAAUCAGGGUUCAUUUGGGGGCAAAAAGAGUGUGGUCAUAACAGCCCGAGUGCACCCGGGUGAAUCGAAUGCGAGUUGGAUGAUGAAGGGUGUUUUAGACUACCUUUUAGGCGACUCCCCAGAUGCAAACUUACUUCGUGAGAGUUUCAUCUUCAAAGUGAUUCCCAUGUUGAAUCCAGACGGGGUAAUAGUAGGAAACUAUCGAUGUUCCUUAGCCGGCCGGGACUUGAACCGCAACUACAAAUCUGCUCUACGCGACGCAUACCCCACAAUUUGGUCCACGAGACAGCUAAUCAAGAAAAUGCGAGACGAGAUUGGCGUCGUUUUGUACGUUGAUUUACACGGCCAUAGUCGCAAGCAAAAUGUGUUCAUGUACGGAUGUGAAAAACUGUCCGUGUCAAGUCAAAGACUCAAAUCGAGAAUCUUUCCAUUCAUGUUGUCCAAAAACAGCCCGAGCGCAUUUAGUUACAAAAGUUCAAAGUUCAAAGUGCAGAAAAGCAAGGAAGGAUGCGGUCGAAUUUGCAUGUGGAACAUGGGAAUAAGUAAUAGUUACACCAUGGAGUCGACCUUCUGUGGGUCAACAUUAGGUCAAAAAAGAGGGUUCCAUUUCAGCACGAAAGACCUCGAACUCCUAGGAUACCAUCUGUUGGACACUUUGCUCGAUUAUUCAGACCCGAAUCCGAUAAAAUACGCAAAAGUUCUGAGCGAAUUAGAACUAGAUUUGAGGCGAGAAAUAAUGAAAAAAUGGGCGGCGAAGGGAAUCAAACGGGAUAUUUCUUCAAUUUCAGAGAAAGAUCUGGCCCAGAUGCUUGAAGCGGCCUCGGAUUCCGAAGUCGAGAGUAGCACAAGUGGCUCAGAUAGUUCCGAUGACAAUGGUUUGCCAAUCCACAUGAUGGAAAUGACACAGCAGCCUCUGAAAACUUCAGUGAAACGACUUAAAACCAAAAAAGAGUUGGACAAAUUUAGACACGUUACACUAACAAACACAGAAACAAAGUUGAAAUUGAAUAAAAACAUGAGCAAGUUUCCUGAAACGAAGAUGACCAAGCUUGACGAAGCAAAUUCUGACUCGAAACAUCGAAUUGCUAAGUUCAACGAUGCAAGUGAACAGAAGGCAAGAAAAGACAGUCGUGAAGAAUCGGCUAGCAGUAAGAAGUCGCUAAUGCGCUACGCAAGUACAAAAAGGCGGGAACAAUCAUUGAUCAAUUUGCGAGAGGUAGAUUCAGGUCCGUCUCGGCUCGCAGGCAUGGUAGAUUUUAGCGAACUGUACUCGGAGCCUCAGACUUCGAUUGCUGAUGUCGAAGUGUUUGAAGUCGGCGGGCUUACCAAAAAAGGGACCACGAGACGGGAUGUUUCAACGCAAUUCACGCCGCUUCCUCAAACCCACAAACAUGUGCUGGAAACAUCAGCUGCACAACAACGACAACAAGAUCGUCUCCGAGACGCAAAAAAGAAGGCACAGUCGAUGUUGUCUCCAUUCGGCGAAUGGAACAACAAGCCGGGUAAAAAUUCAAUGCAAGUUGCGAGCUCUUCGAAUCCAGUGAAACCUUCAGGAAACGAUCAAACCAUGCGCAACUUGGAAAAAGCGUACAAAGAUCAGAGCUCACUUCACUGGUUACCGAAACAAAUUCGGAAAAACAAUCAAAGUAACAUUAAACAUAUGAGUUCUACGGCUACAAGCCAAGAUCGCAUAAUCCCGGCAACAUCUUUGAACCCGAAACCUCGAACCGGUUCAGUUCCUGAAGCAGCGCAGAUGCCGAACAAUUCAUUGAGCUACCCGAGAGGAGCCGAGAUGCAGCAGUUGUCCUUAACCGAGCGUCUUAUUUCAAAGAACGGAAUUGGAGGACUUAAUUCGGAAUCAAUGCAGUUGAUUAACAAUUCUGAACAAGAAACGAAAAGUUUUUUUGCUUCUCAUUUAAGACUGAAUGGAAUAAUGUCCCAAAGUUUCGAAACUUCAACAGAUAUGAAAAAUAACGCUUGUUUUUCUGACUCUCCGAACUCAUUUGUAAAAACAAAGCCGGAUGAAUCAAUUGAACGCCCUAAGCCAACUACCAUUUUCGGCGAAGGUUCCAAAAUCAAAAACAAGAACGAGGGAUUGAUUUAUCUCCGAGCAAGUCAAGAGCGAACUGCAAAUGAAGAAAAGCUUCAGAAAGAAAGAGAAAAAUUCCACGAAAGUCUCAACAAAUCAAACGAAAACCAAAAUCCUCAAAAAUCAAGAAGCGAAUUCAGAUUCAAAAUUGAUAAUUUUGGCCAGAAAAAGAGAGCGACCGAAGAUAUGAACAACCAGGAGAGAGUUGAAAGUCGGUUGGAGAGCGAGUUGGAAGAACUUGGAAUUUACAACGACUCGGAAAGCGAAUCGGACAACAGAUUAAAGAGUUUGAAAUGGAAAUCUAACAUCAGGUUGGAAAGUGGCCGUAAUUCAGUAGACGUCUCUCUUAAAAACUCAGAAGUCAAAAAUGAUAUCCAAAUUUUGACACCCAAUGGAAAGAAAGUGAAAAUUGGGGACCCUAUUAUAUCUGCUGACGACGCUGGGUUGAAUUCGGACAUUGCGAUUGCUCCCGAACUCCUGGAGAUCCAAGAGCAAAAAGUGCGACUAGCGAGCGCCAAAUCCGAAGUGCGGCAUCGAAAAUUGAGAUUCAUUGAUGAAGUCCACUCAGGGAACGAUGACAACAGUUAUAAAGAUUCCGAAGAUAGAAACCAAGAAAGCGCCGUGACAGUCGAUUCAAGUCGUGAAAAAGACAGACAAGUAGCCGAAUUAGGCAACAAAAAUGAUAAACACAGAAAAACUUUGGAUCAAGCGGACUAUCAGGGACUGACUGUUAGGGAGUUCAGUUUUGGACGGGUACAGUCGCAAAAAAAUUCGGACUCAAAAAUCAGCGAACAUUACCCACGGCAGAACUUCUCAACUGAUGGCAAUAGUCACAAUAGUUUGGUUAAUAUUUCGCUCAGUAAGUACAGUAAGUUCGAACACAAUUUGAAGCUCAGUCCAAGGCCUGUGUCCGAUCACUCCCUUAUGUCCAAUCGGAACCUGAAGCCUCCCGUGAAAAGAUACGAGACAACCCAGAAAAAGAAAAUAGACAUCGAAGGGUUUCUGAAAGAGUAAAUUGAACUUUCAUUAACUUCAAUCAAUGAUUUCUCAUCAAUAAUUUCCAUUCAUCUAAUUAACCUUAACUGAAA